AUGUUCGCGCAGUCUCACGAGCCAGCGAGCCGCAGGGCUUUGGCCUGGUGUGUGUCUCCACCGCCUGGCUUGGAGCCAAAGGGCAUUAUGGAGCACAUCAAUCCCACCUCGUUCACAUGGGAGGGCAGUGAAGGCAGCAAUGGGCACCCAGAGCUUUGCGGCAGGCCAUGUGUCUACUUCCGGAAAGGUGACAAAUGCCUGAAUGGCACUGCUUGCGGUUAUUGCCACCUUCCUCACACGGCUUGGAUCCGCCCCAACAAGCGUUUUCGGCAAGUUCGUGCCCUAGCCAACGAUCAG